AUGUCCGCCGGAUCAGCUGCCCACGGCGUCGCUACGACCAUCUUCUCCAAUUUCUUCGUCUCCCUCCCCGUCCCCAAAACCAAUCUGACUGGCCAAACCUACAUCGUAACCGGAUCCAACACCGGUCUCGGCUUCGAGUCAAGUCGACACAUCAACAAACUCGGUGCCGAAAAACUAAUCAUGGCAGUCCGCAGCAUUACCAAAGGCGAGACCGCUAGAGCUGAGAUACUGCGAUCAACGGGCCGCGAGGAAACUUCUAUUGAAGUAUGGGAGUUGGAUAUGGGUAGUCACGAGUCGAUCAAGAAUUUCGCUGCCCGUGUCUCGACUACGUUGCCACGUGUGGACGGCGUACUUGCCAAUGCCGGGAUAAUGGUCGACAAAUUCAGAGUCGUGGAAGGUGAUGAGAGUACACUUGCCAUCAACGUAGUCGGCGUGUUCUUGCUCUUUGCACUGUUGAUCCCCAAGUUGCGCGACUCUGCAGAAAAGUUCAAGAUUGCGCCGCGAUUUACGAUCCCCAAUUCGGCGUUGCACUACAUGGCUUCGUUGAAGGAAGUGGAGGACAAGAACGGCCGAGGCAUUUUUAACACACUGAAUGACUCCAAGACGGCCAAUAUGGAAGAUCGAUACAAUCUCUCAAAGUUGCUGGUCAUCUAUGCCUGUCGUGAACUAGCAGACAAAAUCAACAGAUCCGCUAAAAACUCGUCGACGGCGAUUGUCAUCAACACGCCGAAUCCGAGUUACUGUAAAUCAGCACUCCAACUAGGGACCGAACAGGGCAGGUCUACCGGUGCAAAAGUGUUUGAGAAGGUUUUGGCGCGGACCACAGAGGAAGGGAGUCGCACUCUGGUGCAUGGAAUGACUUCGGGGCCGGAGACGAAUGGGCAGUAUUUGACGAACUGUCAUGUUCAGACUCCCUCAUCUUCUGUGACCAGUGCCAAGGGAGCCCGAAUCCAGAAGCAGUUUUUUGGCGAGUUGGUCGAUAGGUUGAUCAAUAUCGCACCCGAAGUUUCUCCAUAUCUCAAGUAG